GUCCAACCAUAAUGGAGAUUCCAGUAUAUACGGUGGAUGCCUUCACCAACUUACCGUUCAUGGGGAACCCCGCGGCUGUUUGUCCACUUAUGCAUGAGCUGACUGAGGAUUUAUGUCAGAAGAUAGCAGCAGAGAUGAAUCUGUCAGAAACAGCUUUCAUCAUCAAGAUCAACCAGUCAGACAGUUUCACUACAGGAUCCAGGUUCCGGCUCCGAUGGUUUACACCAGUCACUGAAGUGAAUCUGUGUGGUCAUGCCACUCUGGCCUCUGCGGCCGUGCUGUUCCAAUAUAAGAAGAACAUUAAUCCCACACUAGUGUUUGAGACCAGGAGCGGGGAUCUGGCUGUCACCCAGCAGGGGGAAGGCUAUGUCAUGGACUUUCCUCUCAACCCACCCACUCAGGAGGAUCCCAGUGAGUUCAGAGACAUCGUUGAGGCAGCAGUUGGAAACCACCCAGUUCAGGAAGUUUGUCUGAGCUCGAACACUAAGAAACUGCUGAUUCGCCUGGCUGACAGCUGUGACAGGUCGGUGCUAAGCAGUCUGAAAGUUGAUCCUGUCGCCCUUCGGAGCAGUGACAGGAGUGGAAGAGUCAAAUCAGUAAUCAUCACCAUGAAAGGAUCUCCAGACUGCCAGCCAGGGUACGAUUUCUACUCCAGAAACUUUGCUCCAUGGGUUGGCAUUCCUUUUUUUUUUUGUUUGUUUCAUGUGCUUUUGUUUCUUGCAGGUUCUGCCCACACCGUCCUAGGAAGCUACUGGUCGAAAAAACUAGGAAAGAAGAAAAUGCUGGCUUACCAGUGCUCCAGUCGAGGAGGGGAGCUGGAACUGGAAGUGAGAGACAACGAAAGAAUCAACAUAGCUGGACAGGCCGUCACUGUACUGCAGGGAACAAUCACACUGUAACCACAGACACGUGCAGAGAAGCGAGAAGAAUUUAAUAAAAAUGAGAUGGUUUAAGAAAAAAAAAAAAAAAAAGCUAAAUUGACUCAAGUCGAGAAUAAUCAAUCUAAUGAUGUAGCGUCACUCAGCUAACCGACAUAAUACAGGAUACAGAGACUACUACACACUUUGGUAGGAUUUGUACCAUUUAUUCACAUAAUAGUAAAAGACCCAAACUGUAUAAGUAGUAAGAAAAAAAAAAAAAAACAACAAGAAGUCAGAGAGUGCUCAUGUAAAACCAGAUCAAAAGGUACAAUCAGUGUUUGGAGCAUUACUUGACACCCUGCUCACAAAAAUCAGUUAAUUUCAGUAGCACCAGUUUACACUAACUAUACAUUUAAACAUUUUAAUUCCUUAAAGCUGCAAUUUGGCUGACUGAACUUAUGUGAGUGAUGAUUUUCAGUGUCACAGAAAUACCAAGUUGUGCCUAAAAUACUGUCACAGUGUAUUGAUAGAGGUAUUUGAUCAAACUCACCUGACUUUUAUGAAGUUUGGUGCUUUGUACCAUCAUUUAUCACAGUCAGUUCAACAGGUUUUAGCUACCAUUUAUUUGUGUGUGCAACAAGUUUAGCCGGUCAGUACCUCAGGUUUUGUCCCUCACUGUCUCCCAGUGUGGACAGUUACAGAGAACUUUCAAACUGGAAUGAAGAGUGUGUGCAAUCAGAUGAGUCAACAGUAUCAGCAGCAGGAACACCACCGUUUACAUUCAGUUUGAGAGUUUCUAACUGCUUUCUACUUUAUUUUUUUUUAACGUUUAUAUUGACUAAACAAACAGAAUGGCAAACAACCAUAUAGCAAAGAAAUAGCUUAAAAUCAACAUAGAAUUUUAUUUUGUGAAAAGUAUAUAAAUACGUGAACAAACACUAGGUCUGCUCUGACUUUCAAGAUUUCAGUUUUAUAGCUAAAAGCUGCCACCAUUUCUGUGCUUUGUACGAUCAUGGCUGUAAUGUUGAAUGAUUCUGUUUUGAUCUAUGUGGUUCAGAUCACCUACUUGAACAUGUACACAUUCUGCAGGUACUAGUGUGUUUAGUAUCAUCUACCUCCACCAAGUGCAUAUUAGUAAGGACACAAAAUAACCACAGGAGGAGCUGCAACAUAAAGGAC